UGAGCGUUACGGCGCCCUCCUCCUGCCCCCUGCGCGGCGCGGGCGGGGACCCACCGGUUUCACUCCGCGUUCGCAGCGGAGAACGGAGGACCCUAGAAAACUGGACCCCGAGGUCCAGGAGGCCAAUCCUGUUCUGGUUUGGGCCCACAUGGAGGGGACUGUGGAGUCCCAGACGCCUGACUUGAGAGACGUGGAGGGCAAGGUGGGCAGGAAGACCCCCGAAGGGCUGCUCCGCGGACUUCGAGGCGAGUGGGAGCUGGGAACCUCGGGAGACGGGCUGCUCCCGGGGGCACCCAACACCGGCCACGGCCUGGGGGACAAGAUCAUGGCGCUGAGGAUGGAGCUGGCUUACCUGCGGGCUAUCGAUGUGAAGAUCCUGCAGCAGCUGGUGACCUUGAACGAGGGUAUCGAGGCAGUCCGUUGGCUGUUGGAAGAACGGGGAACACUGACCAGCCACUGCAGCAGCCUCACCAGCAGCCAGUACAGUCUGACAGGUGGAAGCCCAAGUCGCUCAAGGCGGGGCAGUUGGGACAGCCUGCCCGAUACCAGUUCCGCUGACCGGCUGGAUAGCGUCUCUGUAGGCAGCUUCUUGGACGCUGUGUCCCCCAGAGAGCAGGAUGAACAAGGACUCCCUGGGCCUUCCUGUUCCGAGGUUGACUGGGUGAAGGUUAUACCCAGCGAAGACAGGGCCAGGACUGAUGUGGACAUGACAUCCACCAAGCUAGGGAGCUUAACCUGGAAGCUCCCAGGGGAAGAACUCCAAGGUGGACCACCUGAGCCACCAGAGGAUGACGAUGCCAGGCAGGGCUUUGAGGCUCCUUGGUACUGGGGACAGUGCCAGGAUGAUGUGACAUUCUUGUAAAAAAAAAAAA